GCCUCCAGGCCACAGGCAGCGCUGUGGUGCAUUUGUCCACUUCAUGACCGGAAGUGUUGACGGUGUUUUCCUUCCCACUUCCGUCCAGCGUCUAGGCUCUUGUUGAAAAUAUUUCAAUUACAUCAAACAUAUUGUUCUUUUAGUAACAUUCAUGCAACUUUGAACGUGUUCGCCACCAAAAAGAGUAUUUCGGCUCUGAAGUGACUGUCAAGACCGGCUGCUGGCUCGCGUAAUCCAGCUCGAUGUGUGUUGUCUUCACGCCCGACUGAGAUGAAGCAUCAGAAGACCGAGUAGGACGCCGUAAAAAAAGCACUAAAGAUGGGUGAAGUGACUCAAGCUGCUGAUGACGGGGCGAAGCAAUCCUCCCUUCCAGAACCGCUGCUCAUCAUCCUGGCCCCGCCUCCACCUUUCCUCCCUUUGGCGGACGACCAGAGCACUUUUUGGCACAAGUGGCUCAAAGCCUUCGAGCGCUACCUGAGGGCGCUCGGCGAAGAGCAGCUGACCGACUCCAGUAAAUGCGCACUUUUACAGAACUGCCUCGGCCAAGACGGUCAGCACGUCUUCGCGGCGCUGGUCCCGCAGGACACCUCGUACGCGGCAGCCAUCGCGGCGCUGACCGCCUACUUCAGCGGCGAUCUCGGCUCUCAGGCGAGCUUGCUCCGCUUCCAUCAGAGAGCCCAGAUCACCGACGAGAGCGCCGAGCAGUUUGUGUGCGCCUUGGAGGCUCUGCUGGCUCCUUUCGACUGCGGCGCCUCGCACGAUGAGCUGAUCCUGAGUCAGCUGAUUGAAAAAACCAAGUGGCCGAAACUCCGAGAGCGGCUGCGCUCGCAAAGGGAAACGCUGACGUUGGCCGCGGCUUUGCAGAUCGCUAAAGCGGUGGAGUCUGCCAUGAAUGAUGAUGACGAGGAUGUGAAGCCUCCGGUCCAACGACGUAAAAGCGGAAGACAUCGGAAGGUCAAAUUUGAGCCCGACGACAGCGGCUCUUCGUCGCGUCUCAUAAAGCAAGAGGAAAGCUCAGAUGAAGCAAACGGCGACGAAGACCCGGCUCCCAAAAGACGUCGUACAUGUCCGGUGUGCAUGGACAGACACUUCCCCAACAUGCACAAGCUGGCCCGACACAUGAGGACGCACACCAACGAGAAACCCUUCAGCUGCCCCGUCUGCGGCACGCUCUUCAGCCAGUCCUACCACAUGACCCGGCACAUGCGGGUGCAGCACAACGCCGCCCAGCACGUGUGCCCCGUGUGCUGCGACAGCUUCAAGAGCAUGGAAGAGCUGAAGAACCACAAGAGGGCGCACGUCCCGCAGGUCCUUCUGUGUCCUUACUGUCCCGAGAGGUUCCCGGACGACGACGCCUUUUUAAGCCACGUCGAAACCCACACGGAGAAGAAGCGGGAAGGCGACACGCCCGUAGAAGCGAUGGCGUCUUCUAAAGAGGACGUAGAGGAAAAGGACAAAAUUGAGCCGGCCGCUUGGAAGGAGACGUCUUCUCUUGUCGGCGCCACCGGCGCCUGCAAGAAGAGCCACGUGUGCUCCAUGUGCAACUCCAGCUUCAACCGGGCCGGCAAGCUCGCCCGACACUAUCGGACGCACACCAAGGAGAAACCCUUCCGGUGUCCCGUCUGCUCGCUCAGCUUCAGCGAGUCGUACCACAUGACCCGGCACCAGCGGCAGAAGCACGGGCUGCGGCCGUACACCUGUGCCAAGUGCGGCAAGACCAUGGGCACCUGGCAGGAGCUGAAAAAGCACCGCACGACUCACUCGGCUAAAAGACUGACGUGUCCCGCCUGCAAGGAGUGCUUCAAAAACAAAGCCCUCUUGGAGAGUCACCUCAAGUCCCACACGGAGAUCCCGUCAGACCCGCACUCGCUCAUCUGCACCGAGUGCGGGAAAGUGUUUGGCCGCAUGUACCACCUGAAGAGGCACAUCAUGGCGCAUCGCAAGGCGGGCAACGGCGAAUGCUACACCUGCGCCGAGUGUCACAGGAGCUACGCCUUUGCGGAGGACCUCAAAAAACACCUGAGGAAGCACGCCAAGGAGAACAGCGGAACGUGUCCGAGAUGCGACCAGAAGUUCGGCAGCCGGGAGGAGCUGGAGGCGCACAUGGUGGCUCAUAAGACCAGCUACCUGUGCAGCGUCUGCGGGAAGAAGUUCAAGGUGGAGUACGCCCUGAAAAAGCACGAGCAGAAGCACAAAGAGGCGCACUACUAUUGCACCUUGUGCGACAAGAGUUUCAGCAAGCUGUCGCACUACAAGCGGCACGAGGCGGUGCACGACCGGCGUGAAUGCAGAUGUCCGCACUGCGACUGCAUCUUUCUCAAGCUCACGGCCCUGAAGUAUCACCUCCAGACGCACACCGAGGAGAGACCCCACCAGUGCACCUGGUGCGUGGAGACCUUCGAGGACAAGGAGAGCCUGGAGCUGCACUGCCUCAAGCACAGGAAGUUCCGGAAAGAGCGCCCGUACCACUGCACCCGCUGCGACCACGCCUUCGCCACGCUGGCGGAGCUCACCGAGCACAUGGGCGACCACGGCGGGCAGCCGCCGCUCAACUGCGAGAUCUGCGGCCGCACCUUCCUCAACCGCAGCAAGCUGGAGAGGCACCUGAGCAUCCACACGGGCGAGCGGCCGCACCUGUGCGCGCACUGCGGCAACGGCUUCCCGUCGGCCGCCGGCCUCAAGCAGCACGUGCACAUCCACACGGGCGAGAAGCCCUUCUCGUGUCCGCAGUGUGCCAAGUCCUUCAGCUCGGCCAGCGGGCUGCGGCUGCACGGCCGGAAGCACACGGAGGCCCCGCGCCGGUUCGAGUGCCCCGACUGCGGUCGGACGUACGGACGCAUGACUGAGCUGAAGAUGCACCAGCGCUACCACAUGGGGGACAAGCCUUUCUCCUGCACGUACUGCAGCAAAAGCUUUGUCAGCAAACACAAGCUGAUGGUUCACACUCGCGUCCACACGGGCGAGAGGCCGUACUCGUGUCCCCACUGCGGACAGACUUUCACACAGACCGGAGACAGGAACAGACACAUCAAUAAGUUCCACUCGUGAGUCGUGACGAGACUUGAGAUGGGAGUUUAAAUGGAUGCUCGCAUGACUUUUCUUUGCCUAAACAAGCAUGCUUGUUCAAUUGUAGACUCUGGGUGAGAAUGUGAGCACGGAUGCUUAUUUUUCUUUGUGCACUGUGAUUGGCUGGUGAGCAAUUCAGUCUAGCCCAGGGCAGCUGUGGCUACAAAUGUAGCUUACCACCACCAGGUGAGAAUGAAUGAUGGGUUCCCACUUCUCUGUGAGCGCUUUGAGUAUCUAAUGAUAGAAAAGCGCGAUAUAAAAUCCAUCCAUCCAUCCAUUUUCUACCGCUUAUUCCCUUCGAGGUCGCGGGGGGCGCUGGAGCCUAUCUCAGCUACAAUCGGGCGGAAGGCAGGGUACACCCUGGACAAGUCGCCACCUCAUCGCAGGGAUAUAAAAUAUAAUCCGUUAUUAUUAUUAUCCCACCUGCCUGUGAUAGACUCCAGCUCAGCCCUGACAAAGAUAAGCGGUAGGGAAUAUAGGGGGAACAAAAGUCACUUUUCAACCAUCAUUUAAAUCACCACAGGGAUCUAUAUCGUGCCCACACCCCCUGAGAAAGGGGUACAGUGGUACCUCAACUUUGUUUUGAGAUAAGAGCUGUCUCUCGACAAACUGUUAUGCUUGAAGUCGCAAACAAAAAUUUGAGUGUCAGGCAUCCCCGCAAUUAGUAGGCAUCACAGAACGAUCCCACCAAAACAUCCGGUUUAUUUGCUAGCAUUGGCUUAGAGCAGUGGUUCUUCUUUUUCCCCACCUCAGAAAACACACGGCUCUCCAAGUACCGCUAUAAUGACCAACCUUAAAAUGCAGUGUAGUAGGCUUAAAUAGUCAUUAUUACAAGGCAGAGGUUUUAUUUAACAAGUAUAUUUAAUAUUUUUGACCACUGUCACGUUGCACACAGUUUGAACAGUAACACUGUGUUUGAAUUUAGAAAAAUAAAACACUGUACUUUAAGCAAGUGUGUCUUUGGCGUACCACCGAGAAUCACUGGCUUCGAGCUGAGCGACAUAACUUAGUUUUUCCAAGCGUGUGAAGGACAGUGCUGAGAAGAAUUGGAUGAUAUCCAUUUAAUUAAAGAAAUUAAUCAUCAAAAUCCCCAUACUGAAGCAGGGUGAAUCACGCCCGUCAAGAAUGUUAAAACAUUUAUCGGUGAAAAUAUGGAGAAGCUGCUGAUGGUGUGUUUGAUGGAGAAGCAGCUGAAAAGGAUAUACCUUUGAAGUCCAUGCUGUACAUUAUUAUUAAAUUAAUUCAUAAAACUACUUACAUAGUAUUGUUUUUAUACAAUAUUUAUUAUCUAAAGUUUGUUUUUAUUUUUAAAAGGCAUGUUUUGGAUUUUAUUAAUGGCGAGAUGUUGACUUGAGAUACAAGUGUUGUGAGUUAAGAGCGUCGUUACAGAACCGAUUAAGAUCGUGAGUUGAGGUACUGCUGUACUAAUAGAAAUAGGUGCACUAAUUUAGGAGCCUCUACAAUGGAAAUGCAAUAAAAUGCCCAACUGAACUAAAGGUGUAUGAAGACGAAAUUGUAAACAUUUGAGGACUAGAAAGCAUUUGUUGUCAUGAAGAUGGAAAAAAAGUUGUUUCUCUCCCGUCUCAGGGAUUGUUGAGCCCAAAACUACUUCUUGUUUAAUGGACUGCCUUUCACAAGUAGGAUUAAAAAAGGCCCAUAAAAAGUGAACAAACUAGUACUUUUUGGUGGAAACAAAGCAGAACAAUUGUGGUCGCUGAUUACUUUGGUGUUACAAAAAAAUGACACGUUUUUCAAAAGUUGAACCCAAAAAUAGCUUUGGUUACUUUUUGAUUCAUCAUUUUAUUACUUGUCUAUUUUUUGCUUCUCUGUGCAAAAAAAAAAGAAAAAAAGUUGUGCUGCUUUAACAUCAUGCUAACACUGAUUUUGAUAGUUUCACUUUUUUCCUGUUUCAUCUACAAACCAGGCUUUUGUUAAGCGACAUUUUGACACAAAGUGGACUUUUUAGUUGUGAAAUGUGAGAAUUAUGAAUUGUAGUGUGAAAAUGAUGCACGUGUUUACAUCUGUUGUUGAACCACUUGUUUAAUAAACUACCAAUUGUAGAGAGAGAGGCUGAUAAUAUUAUUGAAGCCGACUUCAGUUUUGUUGUUUUGCUUAAAAUGUCAUAUUUGUACGAUGCUUGAACUGUGUUUCUACUUUAAUAGGUGAAA